UCGAUCUGUUUUGAUUUUGCCCUUCUUGUCCCAUGGUGAUUGCUUUUUAUCUGACUCAUGAGCUUUUUCUGACAACAUGAUCGGCCUUCUCACCAAGUUCCAGCCCAGGUGGAUGAGUCUAACCUUCAGACAGCCGCGGACAGGAGCUACGGCGGCUCCAAAGUUUGGCCUCUCUACCGCCCCUCCUGAACCAGUCAUUCCAUCUAAGAAGCCCUUAAAAGUGGAGCUUGUUGGAGGAAAACGGUACUCAUGGUGCAGCUGUGGACACAGCAGAAAACAGCCGUUCUGUGAUGGAUCCCACAAAACCAGAGGACAAGGAAUGACUCCAGUCCGCUUUGUUCCAGAGAAAGACUCCACAGUCUGGCUGUGUGGAUGCAAGCACACCAACAACCCACCUUACUGCGAUGGCACACACAAGCAGGACUUCAUUGCCUCUGCUCCGCUGCAUGAAUACACAGACUGAUGAAGGUGGUCCGCCCUGAGAACUGAGGGGAGACGCAUGCAGGGAAAACUGCCCCGAGGGGCUUUCCUGUUUAUGCAAUUAUUUUUUUUAAACUCAGGAGGACAUCAGUUUCAGCCAAACACCACAAUCAUUGGGACAUGUUGCCUGUUUACUAAAAGGCAAUCUGCUACCGCUGAAAAGUGAGACCGAACAGGACCGGAAAAACCCAAGCAAGUGUUCUUUUAAAUUUUAUGAUGAUGGUGUGAUUUUACACCUAAUUAUGAUGAAAAUAGGGGAAUAAUAAAAUAAAUCCAACAUAAAUAAAGUUAC